AAUCCUUUUAGGAUGCGCCCAGCGGGGAAAUCAGGCCUGCUGUUCCUCCUGGCGACGACCGGCGUCUUCGCGGGCAACGAGACCGUCCUGGGCUUCCCGGCCGUGAGCCAUCGCUUCCGGAACUGCCACGAGGUGCAGCAGGCCAUCGCCGGCAGCGUCGACGGCGUGUACGUGAUCUUCCCGUACGACUGCUGCCCCGAGCGGCCCGUGCGCGUGUGGUGCGACAUGACGACCGACGGCGGCGGCUGGACGCUCAUCCAGCGGCGCGACGACUACGCUGAGCAGGAGGACUUCUUCCGGACGUGGACCGAGUACGUCCUCGGCUUCGGCAACGUGGCCAAGGACCACUGGCUCGGCCUCGACCACAUCCACGCGCUCACGAGCCAGAGCCUGAACCAGAUCCGCUUCGACCUGGCCGACUUCGAGGGCGAAUCCCGCUGGGCCAAGUACGACUUCUUCUACGUGCACGACAAGAGCGCCCUCUACAUGCUCGAUGUGGACUACUAUAGCGGCGAUGCUGGGGACUCCUUCUCCUACCAGAAAGGAGCUCGGUUCACCACCAAGGAUCGUGACCAUGACUGGUCGACCGUAAACUGCGCAGAAACGUACAUCGGCGCUUGGUGGUACACGGGAUGCCACGCGACCAAUCUCAACGGGCCGUACCUUAGGGGAAGUCACGUAUCCUAUGCAGACGGCAUAAACUGGGCUGACUGGCAUGGGCACUAUUACUCCAUGAAGACAGUUACCAUGAAGAUUAAGCCAACUUUCCUCUAAGGUGUGAGGAAAAGUGACGAAAAUUUUUGAAGAUUCUCUAUUUUCUUGUGUGGUUUAUGCAUAGGGUUUGUCUAUUGCUUUUUUGUAUAAAAGCCUCAUCUGGUAUUAUUAAAAUUCCGUAUGUUUGUAUACAGUUUACUUUAAAGUUGAAAUUUGGAUGAAAUGUGGGAAGGGGGGAGGGGGUAGAGUUUCCGUAACGUAAUUGGUUCUUUUGGGAGGCACGAUCAAGGCCUAUUCUCAUAUAGACUGGCCACGGUAAAAUUAAUUCUAUCUCCCCACUCAUCAUGGUUUAUUGUCAAUUUAUACACUUAGUAUUAGGUAGAUAUUAGGUAUUAGUUUAUUUUAUGAUAGAUGUAAAUUAAUAAUCUAUUAUUUAAGAAGCAUAGUAGGGUAAUAUAAUAAUUGUAUCAUGACACAGAAAAUCGUAGAUAAGGAACGGUAAUAACGAUUAUUCUCUUAAGAAGAUAACCACAUUAUUCGAAUGCGUAUCAAUGUGAGUUCAGAUAUGCCCAUAUAGCAGCAUCAAGAGGCUAGGAGCUACUCGCUCUCUUCUCCCCAGGGGCGGGAUUCACGAGGGCCAUACACUCUGGGAUUGUCUGUGGCAGGUAAAACCUCUUUGACUCCGUAAUUUUGUGUACUGACUUUUCACGGAAAUAUAUUCAGCUCCUUAUUU